GUGACAGUGGCGCGUGCAGCCGAGGCGGCGCUCCUCAGCUCGGCGCCGGCGGGCGAAGCGUGCUCAAUGCUCGAGGCGAGCCUGUCGGUGUUUGCCAGCGUGCCUGCAGCCGAGGUUGCUGCCGAGCUCGACGCGGACGGGCGCCAGGCGCUCGGCUCGUCGCUGUUCUGGUUCCGGGCAGUUCACGACCAUCCCGUGGCUAACGCGGUGGCGCAGGCGUGGGAGGUGCUGUUUGGCGGCGCCGGGCUCUGUGACGAGUUUAUGGCGAGCCUGGUGCUGGCUGUGUGGGAGGCGUACUCGGCGCGGGCGGCGAGCGCGGUGGCAGCGCGGAUGCUGCCGCACGAUGUGGCUGCGAGCGAGUGGCUGACGCCGUUCCGGGCAGCGGAUCUGGUGUUCCAGCUGGUGGCGCUGCUGCGGUGCAAGGCGACGCUCGACGUGCUCACGCAGACUGGCCGGCAGAGAUGGGCCUCGAGGCGCUGGUGGCGUAUUCGGCCGUCGGGGCGUCGGGCGCGCUGUGGGCACCCGACGCGGUGCCUGGCUUGGGCAAACCCGGGAGCGUGGCGUACGAAGAGGCCGCCGCAGCGUAUGUGGCGCUCUCGUGGCGGCUGGUCCUGGUCUCGGAGCUCACGCGGAUGCUCUCGUUUGAGAUGGUGUUCUCCGAAGCGACCGACAAGAUCGAGCUUGGCGGGCGGUAUGUGACGUUCCUCACGCUCUCGCGGCUACACACGGCGGCAGCGGCCUGGUUUGAGGAGCGAGGCGAGGCGGUGAUCGAGUACACGCCGGCGCCGACCGAGGCAAUGGCGCUGACCGGACCGGGAUCCAAGGGCCGGCGACCGGACCUUGUGCUCGAGUCGUGCUCGGAGACGGCGUCUGCGGCCGGCGAGUCCGAGGCGGUGACCGAGGCCGCAGCAGUGGCAGUGGCGCGGCUGGUGGGCGAGCGGGGGCUGGGCGCUCUGGCGGCGGACGACGCGGCAGGCGUGGUGGCGGCUCUGCUAGAGGCGGCGCGGAGCGACGCGGUGCCACUGCGCGCAGCGCUGGCGGCGGUGCUCGUGCAGGACCACCUCGGGCGGGCGCUGGCGUCAGGCGAGUCUGUGGCGGCAGCCAAGAAGAUGCUGACGACAUGCGGCGUGGCCUGGGUCGAGCUCAAGGGCUCAGUGGACGGCGCGCUGGCGAGUGCGGGCGCCACGCGGGUCCUUACUGCUGUCAUCGGCUUUGUGGCCGAGACGGUGGGCUCCACUCGUGAGGCCGAGGCGUUCCGGGCAGCGGUGGCGGAGCCGCUCUUUGCAGCGGUGGCUGGCGGAGGACAUUGCGCUGCGAGUCACGUCCUCGCGCACGGGCUCCUCACCGCGGACCUUCCGCCGGUGGUGGGCAGCGGACUGGCGGACCUCUGCCUCGCGCAUGUGGACAAUGUACAGGCACCGGCGCUGCUGGCGGGCCUCCUCGGGUGCCUCGGCGAGUUCAAGCUCCUCGGCAGCAGCCACGAGCGGAUCCAGAGCGUGCUGGCAAGCGCCGAGGUGGAGGCUUCGGCGACGUGGAAGGCGGUGGCGCGGUACACCUCGUAUGCGCGGCGCGUGGGCGAGACGGGCGAGGCCGGAUACCAGGCGUGGGCGCAGGGCAUGCUUGGCGCCGGGCUGCGACUGCUGCGCAAGGUGCGUAAGGUGGCGCUGGCCGACGACGCGCUGCAGUACGUCCCGCUGCUGCCCGCGGUCAAUGCUGGGCUUGCCGGCGUGCUCGGCGAGCGCGGGCCGGGCUCACUGGUGGCGGCGAUGGGUUGGGAGGCAGCGGCAGUGUUUGCGCGCAAGGCAGACGUUAUCUUUGGCCUCCGGCGCGGCGAGGACCGCGAAGGAACGAGCUUGGCGGCGUUUGAGGCGCUCAAGGCGGUAUACUCAGUGGCGUCGCGGCUGGUGGUGGACAUGACGGCGCUAGGCAAGGCGGCCGAGGCAGCGUGGGUCGACGCGCCGGACCACGAGGUCUCGUCAGCGCUGGCAUCGGGCAAGCUUGUGGUGGAGAUCGGGCGCGGCGUGAUGUCGCGGCUGGUGACGGCCCGCGAGGUUUGGGGCUCUGGCCAGCGGGCGGCGCUGCUCGGACAGCUGCUGGCGUGGCAGCUGGUGCUCGACCACGCCAAUGCGGCCGACUCGUCGGAGCGGCAGCGGCGGCACGUUACCGAUGUCCUCGGCGCGUUUUCGGGCUCUGUCCGGCUCUCGCUCUCCCUCGCAUUUGCGGCGCUGAGCACCUCGUCGGCGGCGCGGUCGUCGGAGGCUGUGGCGGCGGCCCGCGUGGUGAGCGCGGGCGAGGUGGCGUACACAUCAAGCGCGGUGCUCGAGUACGCGGCCGGGCGGUUUGUGGAGACGCUUGUCCUUGUGCCGCGGAUUGUGCGCGACUGGUGGACCGGGUGCUCGCGCGAGGAUCAGGGUGCGAUCCUCGCCUUUGUGGCGCGGCGCAUCUCGCCGGUCCUCAUCGGGGCAGCUAUGGACGAGGUGGUCGCCUCGCGCGAGGUGCAGGAGGCCGACGCGCUCAAGGUAACGGUGGCACGGAGCAAGGGCGUGGUCAACGCGCGGUAUGAAAUUGACGAGAUGGAAGUCGGGCUCACGCUCAGCCUGCCCGAGGCGUACCCGCUCCAGCCUGUGGUCAUCGAGGCCGCCGGAGCGCACAAGGGCAUUGCCAAGUCGCAGUGGCGGCGGUGGAUGCUCUCGCUCCGGGCCAUGCUCGACACCCAGCUGGCGUCGUUGACACAGGUUGUCCUCCACUGGAAGUCCUCGCUCGCGCGGCGGUUCGAGGGCGUCGACGAGUGCCCCAUCUGCUACUACGUCCUGCACUUUGGCAACCACUCGCUGCCCUCGAUGCCUUGCUCGGUGUGCAAGCAGAAGUUCCAUGCCGCCUGCCUCUACACCUGGUUUGCCGAGGGCGGCAACUCGUCUUGCCCUAUGUGUCGUUCGCCGUUUUGAGCAACGCAGCUACAGCCAGGCCAUCGCAUGGCCAGUGAUGGCUGGCCACCGAACGAGUGUGGACGUGAUCGUCAUGGCGACUGUCCAAGACGUAGCCAGGAUAGUCAUGAUCAUCAGGAUUGCCAGAGAGAGAGAGCGAGAGAGAGGCAUGAGUAUCACGACAUCUUCUGCAAAUAGCCAUAAUCACUGCCAUGACUACCA